ACGUUUGCACACGGAAACAAUCUUGCAAUUUUGAAUAAACCAAGCUGAAAGUGAAAGUACGAAUUUGUGUGAGCUAGGUUAGUUCAGGGUUGACAAAUUGAAAAUGGUGACAGUUGACAGUUUUAUCUUAGGAUUGCAUAAACUUUGAGAUUUAUCAUAACGAUGAAGUAGAAUACAAGGUUGAGAAAAUGAAGGUUUGGUGAAAGUUUGGUGUGUGUAUUAGAAGUGUGUGGAGUUGUGAAGCAGACAACAAUGUUUGAGAGUGCAGUGUCAUAUGUUCUCAACAGAUUUCUCGGAAAAUAUGUCCAGAAUCUUGACUCUAGCAACCUCAACGUCAGCAUUUUCAAAGGCGAUGUAGAAUUGACAGACUUGCAGCUGAGACCUGAAGCUUUA